AUGCAGCCUCGUAAGCCCCUGUAUACCUCAAGCGAGGACAGGGCGGCCAAUGCUAUGCAGCUUUCUAAGCCCCUCUAUGCCUCAAGCGAGGACAGGGCAGCCGCUGCUACGCAGCUUUCUAAGUCCCUGUACGCCUCCAGCGAGGACAGGGCAGCUGCGGCUAUGCAUCCUUGUAAGCCCCUGUAUACCUCAAGCGAGGACAGGGCGGCCAAUGCUAUGCAGCUUUCUAAGCCCCUGUAUGCCUCAAGCGAGGACAGGGCAGCCGCUGCUAUGCAGCUUUCUAAGCCCCUGUAUGCCUCAAGCGAGGACAGGGCGGCCAAUGCUAUGCAGCUUUCUAAGCCCCUCUAUGCCUCAAGCGAGGACAGGGCAGCCGCUGCUACGCAGCUUUCUAAGUCCCUGUACGCCUCCAGCGAGGACAGGGCAGCUGCGGCUAUGCAUCCUUGUAAGCCCCUGUAUAGCUCAAGCGAGGACAGGGCGGCCAAUGCUAUGCAGCUUUCUAAGCCCCUGUAUGCCUCAAGCGAGGACAGGGCAGCCGCUGCUAUGCAGCUUUCUAAGCCCCUGUAUGCCUCAAGCGAGGACAGGGCAGGCGCUGCUAUGCAGCUUUCUGAGCCCCUGCAUGUCUCCAGCGAGGACAGGGCAGCCGAGUCUAUCCGGCUUCGUACGUCCCUGUAUGCCUCAAGCGAGGACAAGACAGCCGCGGCUAUGCGGCUUUGUAAGCCCCUGUAUGCCUCCAGCGCGAACAGAGCGGCGUGUAGCUUGGUGAGCCCCUAUAUGCUUCCAGCGAAGAUAGGUCAGCUGUCGCUAUGCACUAUUGGGAGCCUGGGUAUGUCUCCAACCGUUGGAGUCCAACGAGGACAGGGCAGCUGUCGCUAA